AUGUCGACGUUCACUUCCCAGCAGUCUGCAGAGAGCCCACAAGCUGCGACGUCGACGCAGGCGUCGACCACAAAUGCAGCCGCGUCUUCGUCUACCCAGGCUCAAGCCCCUCAGCCAACUCGUCAGGCCGCAGAAGAAGCAAGGAAAGAUCGUACACUCGCCGAGUUCAUGCUGAUGCUGGAUGAAUACGAACCAUUGAUCCCGAAUGAAGUGACGGAUUACUACCUGCAACGCGUCGGAUUUGAAUGCGAAGACGUUAGACUGAAGCGUCUGCUGUCGCUGGCGGCACAGAAGUUUGUGUCUGAUAUAGCUGCUGACGCGUACCAGCACGCCCGCAUCCGUACAAACGCACAGGGUGGCAGGGCACGAGCGAACCAGUUCCCUGGAUCGUCCAAGGAUAAGACUCGGACGACUUUGACGAUGGAUGAUCUCAGCGCAGCAUUGGCAGAAUAUGGCAUCAAUGCACGCAAGCCAGAAUUUUACCUCUAG